AUGGUUCGUUCACGGGGCAGCUCGAACAGUCUGGGGGUGGACAUUCGCGGCGACACCAGCGCGCCUGCGAUGUCCACGAUGAACGAGGUCAGCCCGAUUGAGCCGACCACGCCGGAUCUGGGCGAGCAAUUUGAGAUGCGCACACCAGAAAAGUCGACGGCCAAGUCUCCCACCAAGCGGCGUCGCAAUCGCUCCCUCCUGCAUCGCUUCGCCGAUACCUGUCUGAAAUACACUUGGCUGCUGCCGCUCCUCAUCCUGACCUUCCUGCUUUUCUUGUACGCUAUCAACCCGACCACGUCCAACCCGAUGCAUAGCGCCAUCUUCCUCUCCUACCCCCAGCCGCCGAAGACGCCCGGCGGCCCGGUCAUGUUCGGCAAGGGCAAGAAGGACAUUGCGUUUGUGUCGUUCUACACGGUGGUCUUGUCGUUCACGCGCGAGUUCAUCAUGCAGCAAAUCAUCCGCCCAUUCGCCGUCUUCUGCGGCAUUCGUGGCAAGGGCAAGACGGCGCGCUUCAUGGAGCAGGUAUACACGGCCAUCUACUUUGCCAUCUUCGGUCCGUUCGGUCUGUACGUGAUGAGCCGCUCGAAUAUCUGGUACUUCAACACCAUCGCUAUGUUUGAUGGUUUCCCGCAUCGAGAGCACGAGGCGCUGUUCAAGGCCUACUACCUGCUCCAGGCCAGCUACUGGUCGCAGCAGGCGAUUGUGCUGAUGCUGCAGUUGGAGAAACCGAGAAAGGACUUUAAGGAGCUGGUCGGUCACCACAUUAUCACGUUGGCGCUCAUUGCGCUGAGCUACCGUUUCCACUUCACGUACAUGGGUCUUGCGGUUUACAUCACCCAUGACAUCUCGGACUUUUUCCUGGCGACUUCGAAAACGCUCAACUAUCUGGACUCAAUCAUCACAGCGCCCUAUUUCGGGAUGUUCGUCGGUAUAUGGAUUUACCUGCGCCACGUGUUGAAUCUCAAGAUCCUCUGGGCUGUCCUGACCGAAUUCCGCACCGUGGGGCCCUUCGAGCUAAACUGGGAGACCCAGCAGUACAAGUGCUGGAUCAGCCAGUACAUCACGUUUUCGCUGCUGGCUAGUCUCCAGGCCGUCAACCUGUUCUGGCUCUUCCUGAUCCUGCGCAUCCUGUCCAACUAUAUCUUCAACAGCGUCGCCAAGGACGAGCGCAGUGAUGACGAGGACGAGGAAGAGGAACUGGGGCAGGAUGCUGCCAAGGCUACACUCGCCACUGGUGCCGAGCGCGCUGGCAAGGAGAACCAGGCGCCUCAAAUGCUGGUCAAUGGCAAGCCUGUGGCCGAUCAGCGCGGUCCCCGAACCCGCAGCAAGAAGGCCUAA